AUGGAAAGACGGAGGAAAAAAGGACGUGUAACUUUGGAUGCCGAGGUGAUCGUUGUUGGUGCGGGCUUAUCCGGUCUCUCAUCUGCGGUCACAUUACACGAAGCCGGCGCCAAAGUGAUCGUUCUCGAGGCUCGCGACAGAGUAGGUGGGAAGACAUGGUCGCGAGAGCUUGCCGGUGGGAUCGUCGACAUGGGCGCAGCGUGGAUCAAUGACACCAAUCAGUCCAGGAUGUACGAGUUAGCCCGACGCUUCGGCCUCGAUACCAUCGUACAAAAUGUCAAAGGCAAUAUAAUAUUACACGAUCUCGACUCCAAAAGCCAUACCUUCCCUUACGGAAGCGUUCCACUUCACGAAGUCGAGCCGGGCGGGGUGAAGAACAUGCUGCACAUCCGUGAUACUUUUGAAGCGCUCUGCCAAAAAGUGCCAAUUAAUGACCCGCUCGGCUGGUCUAGGGCGGUCGCUGUCGAUUACGAUGACAUGAGCAUGGAGGACUUUGUUCGCCAUUACGGCGGAAAGGAGACUGCACUUCGCACCGUCGCAGUGUGGACAAGGGCCAUGUUGGGGCUCGAGCCCCGAGAAGUCAGUAGCUUGUAUUUUCUCGCGUACUGCAAGUCCGGCGGUGGCAUCAUGAGAAUGAGGAGUGAUGAGAGAGAUGGAGGCCAGUUUCUGAGACUGGCUGGAGGUACACAAUCAUUUUCAAAAUCGAUGGCAGCAUCAUUGCCACAAGGAUCCGUACACCUCAACAACCCAGUGGUAAGCAUUGACGAUGACGGCUCUGUCGUCACGGUCAUAACUUCAAGACGCACCUUCACCGCCAAGCACGUUAUUGUCUCUACCCCAACGGUUCUCUACAAGUCCAUCAUGUUUCAACCGCCUCUGCAUCCAAUCAAGAACAAGAUCGUCAAUAGCACAGUCCAUGGCCACCUCUCAAAGGUGUUUCUCGCAUAUGAACGACCAUGGUGGCGCGACUGCAACUCAUGCGGUCUUACACAGUCACUCAAGGGCCUGAUAUCUGUCACGAGAGACACGAGCAAUGAUGAGGCAGGCAUGUACUCUCUGCUCGGAUUUAUAGCCGGCGAUGCAGGAAGGGCUUGGGCGAAACUCUCCGCCGAAAAGCGCCGCCAAGCGGUGCUUGAACACUUCAAAUCGGUCUUCGCUGGAGUCGCCGAGUCUGUACCCGAGCCCAUCGGUUACAUCGAGCAGAAGUGGUGGGAUGAGCCCUUCUCGCAAGGCUGUCCGUGUCCCGCCAUGCCUCCUGGCGUGAUGACUGCAGCACGUGCAAAUUGCACCGACGUGCUGAGGAAAAAACAUGGACGCGUGCAUUUUGUGGGCACGGAAAUGUCGGAUGUGUGGAGAGGCUACAUGGAGGGCGCUGUGCGGACCGGCGAACGGGGUGCGAGGGAGGUGCUGGCAGAAUUAAGGUUUGGUCUCGAUUCGAAGUUGUAA